AAAAAAAAUGGCAACAGAAUUCAAUUUCAUCAAUAAAGUUGUCCUUAUCACUGGCUCAUCCGGAGGUCUUGGCUCAGUUCUAGCUCGUGAAUUCGCUAAACGUGGUGCUAAUUUGGUCAUAACUGGGCGUCGACAGGAUGCUGUUGAUAAAGUUGUUAGUGAAUGUUCGUCAUUGUCACCUAAUGGCGCUGAACAUUUCUCACAUUUAGCUGAUGUAACUAAAAAAGAGGAUCUAAAAUGUUUGGUAGAUUCGGCUAUUCAAAAAUUUGGUCGCCUUGAUGUACUCGUCAACAAUGCUGGCGGUGGAGCUUUUGGCUCUAUCUAUGAUGAAAAAUUACAGGAUCAACUGAAUUCUAUGAUGAAUUUAAAUCUAAAUUCGGUUGUUGCAUUGACACAAUUAGCUGUUCCUCAUCUUGAAAAGGUCAAAGGAGCUAUUGUCAAUAUUUCUUCUAUUCUUGGACAACGACCGAAUCAAUAUUUCAUGCCAUAUUGUGUGGCUAAAGCUGCUGUUGAUAUGUUUUCUAAAUCAAUUGCCAUCGAGCUUGGACCAAAGGGUGUACGCGUAAAUUGUGUUAGUCCAACUGCGAUACGUACUAAUUUUCAACAAGCAAGUGGUGCUGGUGAAGCAUUGGAAGGUGUACUGAAACAUUUGGAAGAAACAAUUCCAUUACGUCGUAUUGCCACUGUUGAAGAUGUGACAAACGCUGUAUUGUUUUUGGCUUCCGAUAAAAGUUCGUUCAUUACUGGAUCAAACAUUGUUGUUGAUGGUGGUAAUAGUCUUAUCUGAAAAAAAUGAAAAUAACUGGAAGUUGACAAUGACAACGGAAAUAAAAUUUCUGACAAUGACACAAUUGUGGAUUUUAACAGCAACACCAAAAACACAAAACUAAAUCGAUAAAAUGUUUAUCAAAGAUGAAUUUUAAACAAAUUAUAUAGUGUAUCAAAAUAAAAUAUUAACAAUGAAAUCAAAUAAAAUGAUGAUUUUAAUUAAUUUGAAA